AUGGAAGGAGUUCCGAAACCCUUUAUGGAAUCGAAGAGAUGGUUGAGUAUAGAAGAAUACUUUAUAAUUAUAGUGGACUUUGAUGAAACACGAACAUGCUUCCAACCUCCAGUAUCACCUAAACCAUCACACAUCUGUAUUUUCAAAUCUUCGUUCGUUCAGGAAAACUCCAAUUGGAGAGCGGACCAACACAGAUGGAGACAAAUGGAAACAAAACAGUUACCAUUAAAAAAUCCAGAAUUAUUAUGUACAUACUUCCAUACUUAUAAGGGGGAAAAUUUCUCCAAGAGGGCGUAUGUACUACUAGAUCCUCAUAAACAUAACUCGGAACAUAUUGUAUUGAUACAUUAUACUAGUUCUCUGAUAAGUGUAAUCCUUGAGUGUCAUGGGAACCGAAAAAAAAACAUCGACAGAAAACAUAUCACGACCGCAAAAUCCCAAUUAGCGAAACAAAAGACGUCCCUACUGGAUGCCCUUCUGACGGUUUAUAAGAAAUUAACAGCUGAGGAUAUCCAUCCAGCUCAAAUAAAUGUUUUAUCACCGAGAGAUAAAAUUCAAGUUAAAAACAGCAUUAUGAAUGAGAGAAAGCGAGAUCUUUUGUCUGAUGAUGACUUGAUAGAAUUAUACCUCAUCAACGAAGAUUUGAAUGGCUUCAUAAAGACUUAUUCGAACUUAUUCCAGAAUUUGGUACAGUGCUCUACAGCCAAGCAACAUUUGAAGAACUAG